UACGAACGGCUGACUGUGCCGUUACCUUUUGGGUGUGUUUAUCGAGUGAUAACAGGUUUUUUUUAUAAUUUCAAGGCAAAAGUGUAUUUAAGACCCGCGCGAUUUAAAUAUAUUAUUUGAAAAUGUUACGAUCUGUGUUGGAUGCAUUUUGGAAUGAGGAUGUGUGGUUACCGCCGAACACUACUUGGGACGAUAUUGCUCCAGGACCUGAUAAAGAAGUGGUAUAUACAGAUUACAGGCAUCUUCUGUAUCCGAUACCACUAGCACUUGUGGUUAUAGCCAUCAGGCAUAUACUAGAGAAAUACUGGUUUGCACCAUUUGGCAAAUCAUUAGGAAUUAAGAAUACAAGACCAAAGAGAGUCCCAUAUAAUCCCAAAUUAGAAGCAGCCUACCAGAAAUCAUCUAAGAUAAAGCAUAAACAGAUAACAUGUCUCGCCAAACAGUUGGACAUGUCGGAACGGCAAGUGGAGCGGUGGUGGCGCCUCCGUCGCAGUCAGGACAAGCCAUCCACCCUGGUGAAGUUCUGCGAGAACGCGUGGAGGUGUACAUUCUACCUGUUCAACUUCUCUUACGGUCUCUUCAUACUCUGGGACAAGGACUGGCUGUGGAACAUCGAUUAUUGCUAUAUAGGAUACCCUCAUCAGGGUAUAACAGGCGACGUGUGGUGGUACUACAUGAUAUCAUCAGCAUUCUACUGGGCUCUAACCAUGUCCCAGUUCUGGGAUGUGCGCCGUAAGGACUUCUGGCAGAUGUUCGUCCACCAUUUCGCCACAAUCGCAUUACUCUCCUUCAGCUGGGUGUGCAAUCUGCACAGGAUUGGGACGCUGGUGCUGUUGAGUCAUGACUGUGCAGAUAUAGCAUUGGAGGCUGCUAAAGCUGCGAAGUAUGCUAACUAUCAGAAGCUGUGUGACGCCAUAUUUACGGUCUUCAUAGUAUUAUGGCUCAUAACACGCCUGGGGGUGUAUCCGUUUUAUAUAAUUUGGAGUACAACGGUCCGCGCUCCAAUGCUUCUGCCAAUGAGUCCAACAUAUUAUAUAUUUAAUUCGUUACUGUGUCUGCUGUUGGUCCUGCAUUUGAUAUGGACGUGGCUUAUACUACAAGUCGCCUAUAGGGCGAUCUAUGCUGGACAGAUGGAAGGCGACAUCAGGAGCUCCAGCUCCGAUAUUAGUGAUAGUUCCCAUUCCAACCACAGUACACCCAACCGCAUCAAUAAUAAAAAGUAA